AUGGAGAGAAUCGAACAGUCCCAGAAGAGCAGAAACGUUGUUACGAUUCACGAAAUCAUGCAUGCUGGAGCAAAGACUUUACCAUUGGAGAUACGGUACUUUUAAAGAACUUUAGAGCUCGAGGAUUAGACGAAAAAUACGUUGGGCCGUAUCUAGUUGUUGAUGUUCAAGAUAUACUAGCUGUGAGAUAGAGUCGCUAGCCAAUAAGACAAGAAAGAUUGUUCAUGCGAACAAUUUAAAACGAUUUUCGAUUGACUAUGAUAUUGAUCAGGUUUACGAAAAAAGUGAAGAUACCGAAAGUUCUGAAUGUGACUUUGAUGAAAUUGGUAAUAUACUGCCGAAUCCUGAAGAACGCCAGAAUGUUCAAAGAAAUGAUGAUGGUGCUAAUGUGAUGCAUGGUUACAACCUUAGACGCAAUCGAAGGAUGCCGGAUCGUUAUGGAAUACCUGUUGUGGAUUACUGAACAGAUAAGUUAAACACUUUAUAGUAACUGAAUGUUACACGUUUAAGACAGUGUAUUAUGAACUUUAUUGAUUGAACUGUUGAACUAUUUCAUAUGUACUUUUAUGUUGAGUUGACCAGGAAAAUUUUAGUAGUAUAGUCUUUAAUUAUGUUGAUAUUAGGUGGGGGAAGAAGUGCCUCUUUGGAGUACGUAAUUUAAGUACCUUUUGGAGUAUGUGAUUUUAGAAGUAUGACCGCAUGGCGAGAGAGACAAAAGUGUGCAUGUAAGUUUUAUAGCUGAAAUAAUUGUGAGAUCGUG